AUGAGUUUAGUACAAACAAUGAUGUUUUCAGAUCAAUUAAAUACACAUUUUAGAUCAAGAAGUUUUGAAUUAAUUAAAGAAGCAAAAACUGCAAGAAUUAAUAAAAGAUCAUUUAGUGAUGAUUUAAAUUCAAAUAAUUCUUCAUCAACAAAAAGAUCAAGAACUGCUCCACCUUCACCACCAUAUGAUUCAAAAUCAAAAUUAAUUAUAUCAAAUUUUAUAAAACCAAAAUUAAAUCAUCAAAUUAGAUCAAAAUCUUUAUCACCAAAUAAAAAAUUUACUUUAUUAUCACCUUCUAAUUCAACUCAGUCUUCACCAAAUACUUCUCCUAAAAUUCAAUUACCUAGUAUUACAGCAACAUUAAACACAACAACAGGAGCAACCACGACCACAACCACAGCUGGGACUACCACAAAAACAACCGAAAAACCAGUUAUUCCAACUGUAUCAUUAGAUUAUUUUGAUACAUAUAAACCAAAUGAUGAAAAUUGGAGAUAUGAAUUAUUAGAUAAAAUAACAAAAGAAUCAAAACAUUUUCAUUUAAAUCAAUAUAAUUAUCUUAAUAAAUUAAAUGAUAAUAAACCAAAUUUUGAUUCAAAAAUAAGUACAAAAAUUCAAUAUACUUCUCCUGUAAAAAUUAAAAAUGAUAAUAAACAAUUAAAUUUUCCAUUUGAAUCAAAUUAUACUUAUUUAAAUCAAACUUAUAUGAAAGAUGUUAAAAAUUAUCCUGAAUAUUUAGAAUUAGCUCAAUCAUUAAUUAAACUUUCUGAUUCUAAAAUUCAACCAAGAUCAUCAUCAAAUGAUUCAAAUAUACAACAUAUUCAUCAUCAUCCACAACAACAACCUCAACAUCUUCCUUCUAUGCAUCAAUUUCCUCCACCACCACAACAAACUCAGUCACAACAACAUCAUCCAAUUUAUAAUACUUCAUUACCGCUGGUCGGUUCUUCAUUUUAUCAACAUAAUAAUAAUCAAACUGUAUUACCAAGUAUUUCUCAAACUUUACCAAAUAUUCAACAGUUUUCAACUUCAAUAUCAUCAAAUUCAUCAACAUCAUCAUCAUUAAUAUAUAAUUAUCAAAAUUCUCCACAAACUCAUAAAUUUAUACCUAUUUCACCAAUUCAAAAUUCUUCAAAUUUGAAAAUUAAAUCAAGAUCAGAAUUAAUAAAAUCACCACCACCACAAACAACAAACAAAUCUUCUUCUCAUUCUCAUACUUCAAGAACUUGUAUAUCAUGUGGAUCAGAUCAAUCACCAUGUUGGAGACCUUCAUGGUCAAUAAAACAAGGUCAAUUAUGUAAUUCUUGUGGUUUAAGAUAUAAAAAGACAUCAGCAAGGUGUCUUAAUGAUUUAUGUAAAAAAAUUCCUGCAAAGGGUGAAUGGUCUCUUAUGCAAAGUAAAGGAAAAGUAUUAUUUGAAGAUGGUAUGAAAGGUUUUAGUUGUUUAGAUUGUGGUUGGAGAGUUGAAGUUAAUAAUGAGCAUCUUCAUUGA